CUCUGUGGUGAGGUUGUGAAUCAGACGUCACUGUGUCUGCUCCUCCUCAGCACUGGGUUAUACUGCAAGAUGUGCCAUCAUUUGAUCAGGCAGGGCUGCUGCCGCCUCCUGACACUCAUGACUCAUUUAAAGCAGGAAGCUGAAAGCGAACGCUAGCCCCGCCGGGUCACCAUGACUGCAGUAAAGAGAGACGGUUGGCUGAGGGGAGGGGAACCGGUGUCUCCUGGGACUGGCUUCUGAAGAAAAGAUGCCACGCCUCGCUCGCACACAGCAGAGCUGCUGGGACGCUCCGCUCUUCUCCAUGGCUAAUGUCAUACACAUCAUCUUCCUUCUCCUCUACUGUGACACGAUACAUUCAGAGACAACCUCCUUGCCAGAAUUGAAUCCUGUAAUAACAAUUCGGAAAGAUUUGUCCAGAGGUCAAAGUCAUGUCAAAGUCAUUGAAGAACCUGCAGUCCUGUCACCCCAAACCAUUGAACUUUUAUGUAACUUGAGUGACAUACCAAAUAAUCCCCCGUCCGUCACUGGUUACUGGACAAAAGAUGGACAAGAAAUUGAAAACUCAAAGGAAACUGUAAAUAGAAACAAUGAUCAGUAUAUCUUCAAAAAGACCAUACAGGCCGCAGAUGUGGGAAAUUAUUCAUGUGUCUUCCGAGAAAAUGAUGCACAAGUGACAUUUGUUUUUGAUGUUCCGGUAAUGAAAGACAAGCGAGACAAACCUAUAGUGAGCUACACUGGAGAUACAGUUGCACUCAAGUGUACACUUAAACAUAUACCGAAGACCUGGAGCUGGUACAAGGUGAAUAACACUGAAAAGGAUCUUAUUAACGUCACCGCCAGCCCUUUGAAGUACAAUAUCAUUAUACACAAAAACGUCACCAAACUGUCUGUACUGAAUUUGACUGAGGCAGAUGCUGGGGUGUACAUAUGCAGUGCUGAGUUUGAUAUCAAACCCAUCGAGUCUCAGGUGGAGCUGAGGGUCUUGUCUUUCCUUGAGCCUCUCAAGCCCUUUCUGGUCAUCGUGGUGGAGGUCAUUGUCCUGGUCACUCUGAUUCUGGUUUGGGAAAAAUGCAAAACACGCCAAGACCACAACACUGCAACGACAGAGAAUGAUGUGUAUCCUGAGCAGACCAGUAAACUGACUCAUAGCGACAGUAAUGGGAUGGAGACCACGACAAGACAAAGAAAACUGGAACAAUGAGAAUUUCAAGAAUCAGGAUGAAUGUUCUUUUAGACUCAGCUUUCAGCUUUACUUGUGGCUUACCAGCAUAAGCAAUAAUAAGCAAAUGAAUUAUAUGUUAAAUGUCUGUGUAUUCUGAGUUGUGGUGUAUAUUCUGUUGUUUGGACAUUGAGUAAAUAAUAAACUAAUUAUGGGAUUUAUUUUGAUUAACAAAUCAACAUAUGCCUAAGAAAAAUCACAGAUACGAUCUCUUUAAUGCCUCAAUUUCUCUCAGACGAGGGAUCGUGAAGUCUGCAAACAAAAGUCAAUAUUAUUGAAGAUCUCAAUAUGAACUCAAACAUUUCUCAGCAAAUUUACCCACAUCCAGAUUAUUAUACAUUCAUUUACACCUCCACACUCUUGUAUUUCAACAAUCACCUCAUUUGUUUCCAAUUUUCUUAUUAAAAAUGAGUAGUUUUAUUUCUACUAAACAAUUUUAAGAGGCACAUCUGAGACUAAGUUGACUGAGUUAUGAAAGAGCAACAUUUAAGAUGGGUACCGACAGAUAUUUUUG